UGUGGGGAGUGGUUAAUUUGUUGUUUGUCAAAAUUAGUAAACACUUGUUCGAUCUAUUGUUUUAUUUAAUUUUUACUCUAUUUUUUUCAAUUUUCUAAAUAAAAUUAACUUUUUAAAAUGAUGCAGCCAUGGAAAUUAGCUGUUAUAACUAUAAUAGCAAUUUAUUAUUGUACACAAGUUAAUUUUGUUGCGGGCUUGGAAUGUUAUGUUUGCUCCAAUCAGACGGGUAAUGUGGAAAAGUGUUUGAAUACGAUUAAAACUUGCGAGCCGGGUGAGGAUGUCUGUGGCACUGAAAUACGUUGGGGCAGUCAGCCAUAUUUCUCGCAAGGUGCCCUUAAACAGUAUUACGUUUCAAAACGUUGCAUGACCAAAUCCAUGUGUCAGGCAAAACGUAGACGUCAUAUGCCCUAUUGUACACACAUUUGGUAUGAAGAUUGGUCGUGUCAUGAAUGCUGUCAGGGCGAUAGAUGUAAUUAUUUUGUAAUUAGCGGUUCUACAAAAUUACACACUUCAUUUUUAACAUCAGUAGCUGUGAUAGCAUUAUCUAUGUUCAUGGCUAUAAAACUGCAAUAAUUUGAUACAGUUUUCAGCAAAUAAUCAUGUAAAUCUUAAGCCCUAACAAAUUCGAAUAGCAUUAUUAUUAUAAUAUUAUGCAUCUUAUUGAUUCUUUAAUAUUUAUGCAAUUUACUAAGAAUCUCUUUCUCAACAUUCCAUAUUGAUUUUUUUUACAUAUUAUUGCCUUUUAAAACAAUUAUUUUUAUAUGAAAUUAUAAUAUAAUGACAAAACAUUUUAACUACUUCACAAAAAAAAGUGACCUUACUGUAUAAAACGAAUGUAUUCUUUUGUAGGUAGUGUAAGUUUUUUAUUUUAAUUAACUUAAAUUGUUUAAUAUGUAUUUUACAAUCCGUCCAUUAUUAUUGUUUAUAUUUUUUAUACACAAUAAAAUAAAC